UGCAAAGAAAACAUUUCCUGAUUAUACCUUGCACGUGUGUGUGCGUGCUCAGUCAUGUCCGACUCUUUGUGUCCCCAUGGACUGUAGCCCGCCAGGCUCCUCUGUCCAUAGGAUUAUCCAGCCACGAGGAGGAGUGGAAGAAGGCCCUACAGUACUGAGAAAGGCUGGUCUGCUUGAGAAACUUAAAGAACUAGAGUAUGAUGUGAAAGAUUAUGGGGACCUGUCCUUUGUCGAUGACCCUGAUGACAGUCCCUUUCAAAUCGUGAAAAAUCCAAGGUGUGUGGGAGAAGCAAAUAAAAAGCUGGCUGAUGUGGUGGCAGAAGUCAAGAAGACUGGAAGGAUCAGCCUUGUCCUGGGCGGAGACCACAGUAUGGCGAUCGGCAGCAUCUCUGGCCACGCCAGGGUCCACCCAGAUCUCUGUGUUAUCUGGGUGGAUGCUCACACUGACGUCAACACUCCACUGACAACUACAACGGGGAACUUGCAUGGACAACCUGUGUCUUUCCUUCUGAAGGAACUAAAGGAAAAGAUGCCUGAGGUCCCAGGAUUCUACUGGGUGGCUCCCUGCAUAUCUGCCAAAGACAUUGUGUAUAUUGGUCUGAGAGAUGUGGACCCUGCAGAACACUAUAUUCUGAAAACUCUGGGAAUUAAAUACUUUUCAAUGACUGAAGUGGAUAAACUGGGAAUUGGCAAGGUGAUGGAAGAAACAUUCAGCUAUCUACUAGGAAGAAAGAAAAGGCCAAUUCAUCUGAGCUUUGAUGUUGAUGGACUGGACCCGUCUUUCACGCCAGCUACUGGCACACCAGUCCAAGGAGGUCUGUCUUACAGGGAAGGUCUCUACAUCACAGAGGAAAUUUACAAAACAGGGUUACUCUCAGGAUUAGAUAUAAUGGAAGUGAAUCCAUCUCUGGGGAAGACACCAGAAGAAGUGACUCGAACAGUGAACACAACAGUAGCAAUAACUAUGGCUUGCUUUGGGGUUGCUCGAGAGGGUAACCAUAAACCUACUGAUUACCUUAGACCACCGAAGUAAACGUGGAACCAUCAUAUAAAAAAAUCUCACAGCUAAAUGACAUAAUUAGCAAAUCUAAUAGUUUAAAGUUACAGUUAUUGUCCCAAAGAUUUGGUCUUUCAGGAAAAUCUUUUGCCUUGGUAAAUAUUAGUACAAUUAGUAUAAACUGUAUCAAUUCCCUCUUGGUGUGAAAUUCAAGAUAUGGAAAUGCUAACUUUUGUGAAAUUAAAAAGUUUAUAUUCCCAUUUUGGCAAAAGACUUAUCCUUAGAGAAACAUACAUUCAUUUCCAAAUAAAAAUUUGCUGGCAUUAAAAACAAACACUUUUAUCAGCCCCCACAUGUAUAGUGGGACUCCUGAUAUCAGGAGAUAAAGCUACCCAACCUGCAAAGGGACCAUAUUUCCAUGUUGUUCAAAGCUGUGAUGCCUAGAAACUGCUCUUCUCUAUCUCUUUAUAAGAUUCUGUCAUCCCUAUACAAGUUUCUAAACACACGCCACACACACAGACACUGACACACACACAUCCUGCUUAAGACUACCAUAAAUACUUAAAAAACCACACUGAAAUCAUUGUCCCCAAAACACUGUAAGACCUUGGUUAAGUUAUUUUAACUCUUUUACUCUGGUUCCCUCAUCUGUAAAAUGUAUUAUUAUAAGGUUUGGGCAAUCUCUAAGUUCAUUGACGUUAGAUGACCAUGUUUCACUUUUUUUAAACCUCAAGUAUGAUCUUGUUUAAUAUCACGUUAAGCAUGGCAGCUAUUCAGACAAUCUUUGGGAAACAGAGAAAUCAACUAUUUUUGUUUCUGCUGCUGCUGCUAAGUCACUUCAGUCGUGUCUGACUCUGUGUGACCCCAUAGACAGCAGCCCACCAGGCUCCCCCGAUCCUGGGAUUCUCCAGGCAGGAACACUGGAGUGGGUUGCCAUUUCCUUCUCCAAUGCAUGAAAGUGAAAAGUGAAAGUGAAGUUGGCUCAGUUGUGUCCGACUCGAAGUGACCCCAGGGAUUGCAGCCUACCAGGCUCCUCUGUCCAUGGGAUUUUCCAGGCAAGAGUACUGGAAUGGGUUGCCAUUGCCUUCUCCAUUUUUGUUUCUAAGAUAUGCUAAUUUAGGUUGCAAUUUAACUGAAAAUUAUCUGUGGCUUCCAAAUGCCCCACCUUUCACUUAUUUCAGUUGGUAAAGAAUCUGCCUGCAAUAGAGGAGACCUGGCUUUGAUCUCUGGGUCAGGAAGAGCUCCUGGAGAAGGGAAUGACAACCCACUCCAGAAUUCUUGCCUGGAGAAUUCCAUGGAUAGAGAAGCCUGGCAGGCUACAGUCCAAGGGGUCCCAAACAGUCAGACACUACUGAGCAACUAACACUUUCCCAAGUU